CAGACAGACAGUGAGAGUCGCUCUUUCCCUCUAACACGCACACAAAACCGCAGGAGUCGUUAUAAAGUGAUGCCGCUGAACCGCCAGGGCAGCCGCGCGCACGCGCGCAGUAACUACGUGUCCCAGAACGCGCUGACAGCGAGCUCUGCGUGAGCCGAAUCUGCCCUUCAUGGCAAACUGAAUCCCGCUCUCGGCGAUCGGAUGACAUCGGGCAACUUGUAACGUCAGCCUGCGCUGUGUGCACGAUGGCCGCCGCCUUGUCCCGAGCCCUCAAGCUGCCCGGUAAAAAGGGCUCCGAACUGGGGGAGUACGAUCCCCUCACCCAGGCCGACAGCGAGGAAGAGAGCGAGGAAGACGACCUGGUCCUCAAUUACCCCCGCAAUGGGCUCGGCAGGGGAAACUGCAUGGGUGCGGGCGCGGGCCCGGCCGAGCUUCUGGGCAGCAGGGCUGGAAGGCUGGUGGAGGAGGAGGAGGAUGAAGUGGAUGAAGACGAAGAUGAAUGGAGAGAUCGGUAUCCCAGCAAAGCCCGACAGGACAGGGAUGAGCUGAAGACCAGGCAGUACUGGAGCCAGAGGGAGAGUAGCAGAGAUGCCGGGAUCGAGGAUAGGGGCUGCGCCAGGUCCGGCGGUGACUCUGGCCUCCGCCUGGACCCGGCAUCUGACCCGGAGGCAAAGAGGGUCCGGAUGCGCGGGGCAGUCCGGACGGCAUUUUUCUUGGUGCCCCUCUGCUGUGCUGUGCUUCUGGUUCUGCUGUGUGCUUUUCUGCUGCCCUGCCAGCAGGGGGAGCUAGACAAAAGACCCCAGUGGGAAACGGGGAUGGGUGAAAUAGGAAGCAACUUGCCGCCGCUUGGAUUAUGGGAUGUCGACAAUGACACUGUUGAAGAUGUAUUGGUAUCGGUCAUUCAGCCAACUAAUGACAGCCUGCUUCCAGGCUCCCAAGGCAACAACAAAGAGUACAGUGUGGCCGCACUGUCUGCUGUCAGUGGAAAGGUGCUCUGGAAGACGGCCCUUAAAGAGGCCACAGUGUGCAUACAGUGUGGCCUACGACCCCAGGCACGCCCUGCGAUCCCUGCGCACAGAGCUUUCCUCCAGCGCCACUCGGCUCCAACAGCACUGGGGAGGGGUAGCGGGCCAGUUUGUCUCCUCAUCGGAUCGGCCCAUAUCACCGCGGUUGAUGGCUCCACUGGUAAGACACUGUGGACUGUAGCGCCUGGAGAGAUAGUGUCGAAAGCAGUAUCUGUACCUGAUCUCACAAGAGACUCCAUUCCUGAUCUCCUCAUUGCCACCCUACCGGCAGACCAGGUGUCUGAUCUCACACUGCUCCUACUCUCAGGGGUGUCUGGUGCACCAAUUGGGCACCCCGUAACCUUUAACCUCACUGCGCAAGGCAAACUGAUUGGCCCUGAACUGCAUGUCACUAGGCAGGGAGCGUACUACAUUCUGUUUGGACUGGGAACCGUGGAAGCUGCCUGGCUGAUGGACAUCUACACACAGGCAACAGCCAGCGCAGCCAGUCGGGCGAAGGUGUCACCCACGGUAAAGCUGAAGGAUCCCAUCUGGGAAGCAAUGAGGAAACCAAACUCCUCUGUCAUACACAUUUCCAGCAGCACUGAGCAAGUGGACUUCUUCCUGCCCCUGGUGGCAGGACUGUGCAACAACCACAACAACCUCGACCCCUUGUCCAGCCUAAACUCCAGCAACAGUGACUGGGUUCUAGUCUCGGGGGCUAGCAAGCUGUCAGUGCUCAAAGAACGGGACGCACAUGUGGUUUGGACAGUCAGCUCGGCGGCCAUACGCAGUCGUCCAACCCCUGGACAUUUCAAUGGAGAUGGAAUCCCAGACAUCCUUAUCCAACAGUUGGUAUCCCCCAGCGUAAAAAAGAUCCAGAUUAUUGAUGGCGGAAAUGGACGCGUCCUGUGGGAGGCAGAAUUUGUGUGUCCGCAUUCAGUUUUGGAGGGAUCCUCACUUCUUACUACAUCCGGGCUCUCUGUUUUUCUGUUCUGGGCUGGCGACCCCCAAUCUGCUAAGAACCUCACGAAAACAACAGUUAGUAGGCUUGGGUCCCCAGCUGAUUCACUAACUGAUCCAGUUCUCCAGAGACUAUACCUGCUACACCCUACCUAUCCCACAAUCCUUUUGGAGCUCACAAGUACAACUGACACCAUACUCACAUCUGCAAUCAGUUACCAGGAGCAGCAGAAAGAUGCCUCCUACUUCACCAUCUCCUCUCGUCGUAGCCAAGAGGGUCUUAGGCAGGGCUCCCAGGUGAUCAGGAGCAUGAGCCUGAGAGCGUCAAUCGCAGAGAGCCAAAUCUGGAGGCUCAGCGAUGCCGGAAAAGCAGGCACCCCAAUCAGACCUGGGGAUUUUGAGUUAAACAAGUUUUUCAGACAGCUGGCCUUUCGACACUAUGAGGUAAAAGAAAAGAAAGUGCUUAAAAGAUAGGAGGAUGCUGGCGGAGCACUAGAAGAUUGCUGAUGGAGGAGCUGAGAUGUAGGUCGUGUCCUGUUUUAUAUGUAGUAAUUGCAACUUCACUGCUGCCCAGAUGAAAACAAGUAAGCACUGAUGAGAGAAAAAUGUUGCUGACAUUUGUUGUACAUAGUAAACAAAGGCUGGUUCUGAAGGAAUUCCAGAAUCUUCCUGGAGCAGCAUGUACUUGAAGACCAGAGGUGACCAAACACAUGGAAACCUGUAAUUGAAAGGACACCACUAAGUUGCUCUCAGCCACAAAGUGGUUGGCAGUCUUUUUCAUUUUCUAAAUUGACUUUUUUUUUUUUUGUCCAGAAAAUGUGAUUUGUUUGCUUCAUAGAAAUGCAUAGAGAAAUAAUAGUAUGAUUGUUAGAAAUGGAAAUGCACUUGAUUUUAUGUUUUUACCUCAUAGCAGUAAAUACUCCUAGAAACAAAAAACAUUAGUUUACAGAGACAACACUGGUUUUGUGAACAUAAACAUUUCAUUGUGAGGACGAGACUGUCGUUGCACAGAAAGCACAACAAUGCAUGUUUUUGUUGCACACAUUAUGCCUAUGAAUAGUUUCCGUCACCUUUAGUACAUAUCAUCCAUUAUGUGUCAGCAACCUAGCUUUUCCGUGGUACAAAUUUGAAACCGUGACUUGAAACACGAGCUGAAGCAUGCAUUGCCUGGGGUGUCCGCGCACACUUUCUUUGUGCUCUCCUGUGUGUUCCUGCCUUGAACAAAUGCAAAGGUGUGCAACUUAUCAAACUCAUAGGUUUGUAUAGUAUUUAUGUUUUAAGUAAAGUAAGUGUAACUCAUUUCUGGAGAAUUGACAAAGCGCAGUGGAAAAAGGUGAUGCAAAGUUAAAAUGCUCGUGGUUAGUGUGAGGCCUGCAGGGCCGCUGUGGAAAAGAGGGAACUGCACUGAGCAAUGACAAACCUGUUGGUUCACACGUUCAUGAAAUAAAAGCACUGGCUUCAAACUGCUUAA